UUGACCUGCUGAGUGGACUAAAGAUGGGGGAGCAAGGUGGUUGGCUGGAGGCUAACAGAGGAGACUGGGAAACCAUCUUGGAUACACAGACGGGUGCAGCCAAGGGCCCUGGGGACGACAUCACCGAGCAGGCCAGGACCAGAGGCGACAUAGUGGAGUCUGCAGUCCAUGAGGACCUGCUGAUAUCCGGUGUUGCUGGCGGAAUAGAGUGGACCUCUGAAGGCGCUGGUCACAAACCCUGGGCUCGGAUCAGGACCCUGGAUCAGGAGCCUUUGCUCUUCCUUCCCGAGUCGGAACCAGGACCAAACUACGAGGGACAGAGACUCCACCACAACCACCACACAGAACACAACCAGUGGACAAGGGGACUGAACAACCUCAGUCAUCAGAGAGACGGAGGGUCCAGUCAGGGAUCCAGUCUGCAGCCCAGACAAUUCUCUUCACAUUCUCAGUGCAGUGAUGGAGCAGGGCCUGGUGCUGAUAGAGAUAGACCCUCCUGUUCCUAUGAUACAAACACCACAGUAUCCAUGAUGAACAGAGCAGGUCACCCUGGGCUUCAGCCUUCAGAGAGAGCGGUGGGAGACCCCCCUGGUGGGAGUCUAUCACGAAGUCUAACAGGAAGUCUUUCUCCUUCAGGAUCUCGUCUAAUGCCUGGUGAAAUGGUUCAUAGAAGGCCUGGGCCUGGACCUGGGUCUAGCCUUCCUCAGUUACCUCAUGGUUACCCCACCAAUACAGACAGGUUCAGGAUGGGUGUUCACCAUGAGAGGUACCUAGCCUAUAACACAGCACACAAUCCCAACAAAACCCAAACAAUGGCUAGAGGUCAAGGAGGGAGCUCAAAGACUAACCACCUGAGGGUGGUGGCUCCUGCUUCUACCUCCUCUGGUGUCAUUGGGUCACAACGUGGGAGGCCGAGCAUUAGGACGGACGCCGACAAGCCAUACGCCUGCCCCACAUGUGGGAAGUGCUUCGCUGAGGCGAACUAUGUGAAGGAGCACCAGACCGUUCACACCAAGGAGAGGCCCUUCAAGUGUCAGCUAUGUUACAAGAGCUUCUCCUUCCGGAGUAACCUUAUCAGACAUAGAAGUGUCCACAAUGGGAAGAAACCUUUCAGCUGUACCCAGUGUCAUAUGCGCUUCUCCCACUCGUCCAACCUGAAGAGGCACCAGAGGGUCCACACAGGGGAGAACCCUAAAGCUGCCCCCAGUGUGAGAACAGGUUCUCCCACCAGAACCAAGUGAAAAUGCACCUGAAGGUUCACACCGGAGAAAGGCUGUUUGCCAGGAAGAGGUUCUCAGAGAGGAGCUACCUCAGGAUACACCAACAGAAAAACAAUUCCACUCUAUAACAUAGAAAGUAACCAUUCCACUCCAUAGCUUCUGACGUUUAGAUCAAACCCUGCAAUAAAGACAAAGAUGCAUUUUCAUUGUCAGCAGAAAAGAUCUACAGAUGCAUUUGAAAUAACUGGAGUAGUAGAUUUCAGUGUUGAAUAAUCUUGAGUAGAAUAUUGCAUCCAGACAUUGUGUGAUAUAUAAGCCUAAAAAGUCUAUUAGAUAUAGUUUUUUACUAUAUACAGUUGAAGUCGGAAG